AUAAGAACAGACUUUCAGGCAAAGCUUAACAUUCAUCCCUACCUAUAGGCUAUCAUCCCAUCUUCGCUUUACAAACACCGCUUCGAGUUGCUAUAAUUAAUUUCAAGAAACGAAACACCAAACAAUAAACAAAAUGGUUCGCAUCGCCCUCUUCGCUCUUCUCUCCGUUGUCGCCGCUAUCCCGGCACCGCUCCAGCCUGACCCAGCUGGUGCUAAGAACGUAGGCAACGGACAGGGUACCCAGUUCAUCGGCGGAGAAUGCUUGAGCUCGGCAGACUGCGCGUCGACGUGUUGCGCGGGAGUGUCAGGCCAGAGCUUUGGCUUGUGCUCCGGCCUCGGCGCGCAGACCCAAGCCGGCAAGACCGGCUGCGGCUUUGGCGACAACGGACAGGCUCAGGCCAACGGCACAGGCACGAACUAAGCUGAGCCGUUUUGAGUGUUGCUGGCACUAGUGACAAACGGCAAUGGACAUCAGCCGCUCGGCCGGGAUAGUGGGAAACGUCAUACUACCAGGGUAGUAUGCCGUCUUCGGAGGAUAUGCUACAAAGUUAUAGAUCGUGGUAAAUAUGCCUUGCAUGGUACGAUAGGCUACGGUUAGAAGACCCUGCCUAUCACUUGGUGUCUGGGAUUGGUUAUAGUAUUUGAUAUCUUAUGGGCUCAGCAUUACAUUGCAUCUCUAGAAGAGGCAGGGACACUUCUAGAGCAAGGGAAAUAGGUGGUGGACGCCUAAUGUUAUAGUAUAUUUGACCUUUAUCCUUUAUACCAAUACAACAAAAUAUUUACAUCUAC